AAGGGAGGCGGGGGGGUGAGUGUUUCAUAGGAUCCAGGCCUAGUAGUGUUGCCGCUGGGACUCUCCUCAUCCGCUCUCAAAAAACUGGAAAUUGGCGCAUUUAAACGCGUCAAUGAGCGGGUCGAGGGUCACGUUCGCGGUGACCGACACCGGAAUGGGAGGAACCAUGCCAGCAUGAGCGGGCCUUACUCGGGCCCUCACCAGUCCAGCUGCCCUUUGACCCCAGGCCGUGACCUCUCCAGACACCAUGACCACCGCAUCGGCCUAACCAUGUCUGCCGCCGCCUCCUCCCUCAAGCAUGUGUACGGGUUCACGCAGAGGGACCACUCCUCCUCCACCUCCUCCUCCUCUUCCUCCUCCUACAGUCCUCUCAGGAGGCUGCAGCACCUCACCUCCAUGGUGAGCCAGCCGGACCUGGUCCUGCCGGCGAGGGAGCCGGAGAGGAGCUGGGAGUGGGGCGUGAGUAAGAAGGAGAGGGACUCCUUGGGUGACGGUGGCAAUUAUUCCGGCUCCCAGAAUGCCAGCCGGGAGGAGAGCUUCGGUAAACCCUCGAAACAACCUGCGGUCCAAACAGGAAGCAGAGACACGCCAGCAGAGAAAAAGACAGAAGCUUGUUUCUCGGCCCCGCCGAGUCCGGCCUUCUCCCUGGACAGCAACAGCCCCUUCGCCAACGGCUUCCUACACUUCGAAUCCUCUUUGUUUGAGGAUGAUGAAGAAGAGCGGGAGGUUACGUCGCCUCAACGCGAGCGGGCGGGCAGUUCGGUCCUUCAUCCUGCUCCCGGGGGCCCCAAAGAUGCUGCGCUGGUGUCGGCAAAGGUGGUCACCAGGUCCCAGUCCUCGGGACAGCGCCGGAGGUACUGGGACGGCUCGGACGACGAGUGGGAGAGCGACACUGAGCUGUUCCUGCUCGGGGACAGUCCCUCGAGGCAUUCAAUGCAGAACAGCCUGAAGAAAAAGCCUCUGCCGCCUGUGAAGUUUUUAGAAGGUGAAGUUAUUUGGGCAAAGUUCAACCGGAGACCGUGGUGGCCCUGCGAGGUGACCAUUGACCCCGUGCAGGGAAUCUACCACAGAGUGAAAGAACCCAGUGACCGGCCCUGUCGCCUCUACCACAUCAGGACGUUUGGGGAGCCUGUGGAGCUAAUCUGGGUUGAGGAGAAAUCAACCCACACCUUCCAUGGAGGCUUUGAAUUCGAACAGCUCCCCCUGCUGCGCCGGAGGGGGAAGCAAAGGGAGCAGAACUACAAAUACACUAUUGCAAAGCGUUUUCAGAACUCUUGGAAAUCCAGUGUAGCAAAAGCUGAAUCUAUUCUCCCAGACAGACCCAAAAUGGCUUCCUCCAUUUCUUCGUCCAUAGACGAUGCCUUCCACGACAGUUCAAUGCCGGAGAGAGUGAACAAGACCCAUCCAACCUUUCCUUCUUCUACUUCACCCACUCUUCCUGAGACAUCGCACAUGACUAAUGGAUUGGUUUUAUCCCCAGUAAUUUCAUCCCCAGUAACAACUCCAACAAAGCCAAGCACUUUAAGGAAAUCUUCUGGCAAGAAGAAACCAAGUAAAUCGUCAAAGGACUUCAAUAGUAAACACUCCAAAAAGGCGUUGUGUCAUAGCCCUGACCAGUCAGUUAGAGACAAUGGAGAGUGCCCAUAUUCUGACAUUGACUCAGUCCCGAAGAUUUUGUGUCCUAAAGCACUUGAACGUCAGUCUAAGCUUGUCCUGACUCAACCAUCUGUUACAGUUGUCAAAGAGGCGAAGAAGCAGCCAGAGAUUCAGAGCGGUCUUUGGUUCAGUAAGUCAGGCAAAGACAGACGCCCUAAAACGACCAGUCCGAUGCCAGACCGCACUCUAUUUAGUAAGGUGCCCUGUAAGAAAAAGAACUCAUCUGUAAGUAAAAAGACGCUUGUUCCUAGUGCUUCCUCCAGUGGUGGGCACAAUGACCAGUCAGGGUUGUUGGACAAGCAUAAGACUCUGGUACCUCCUGAAACAAUUCUACCGCCUGAACAAUCAGGAUAUUUGAAGUGUAAAGACACCCCGGUUGCUAAUAGACCUUUUGGUACAACUGGCAGUCCUGCUGACCAAUCAGGAUUGUCAGACAGACAGAAGGUCUCCGUUGAGACUGCUGUACUCUCUGACAAGUGUGAAUAUUCAAAGAGACAGACAGCCAGUAAUACCACUGGCACUGUGAUUGGCACAGUGUCUGACCAGUUAGGUAGCUCAGAUGUAAAAAAGGCCUCUGAGCCCAGUUUCAGUGACCAAUCCAGGUUUUCAGAGAGUGUAAAGGGUGUCGGUCGAACUGAACAUUCAGACAUUACGGCUAAUAAAAAGGUCUAUGUGAUUGACAGGAUUUCUCACCAAGCAGAAGAAAAAGAAAGCAACAAGACUCCACUUUCUAGUUCAAAUGUUGACACUACUGACUCAUUAUCAAGGCUAGAAAAGCAAACAAGUCUGGUCUCUAAGUGUAGGCUGCCUUUUGUCAAAUUAAUACGCAAGGACAUAAAAGGUAAGAAGUUCCUAACCUCCAGUGUAACCAUUAGUCCCAAGGACCAACUUGCAUGUACAAAAAGGAAUGAAAAAGAUACUAAUGCAACUAAAACGUCCUCAAAACAAUCAGAUAGUGUGAAAAGCAAGGCAAGCGUCUCCAUAGAUCAGGUAUCGGUCAUUUCUUCAGAAUCCAUAAAGGUCUCAGUUAAGAAGUUAAAAGCAAGAUGUGGGACCGGUAUUCUUCGUCUCUCAUCAGAAUCAUCACAAGGUAAAGCUAUCGUUGCCUCCGAUGUGGCGAGUGUGUCUGAUGAGUUACGUAGUCCAGAAGCGGAAAGGAUACCAGUUUUAAUUGUGAACAAUGAGAGCAAUGAGACGAACCAAUCAGACCGGUCAGAAGGUAAGAAGACUUCUGCCUCAGAUGUAACAAGCACGUCGUCUGAGCAGUUAGGAAGCUCGGAGCCUAAACCUACGACGGUGACUAGUACAGUAGUUAAUACAACUCCGCUGUCUUCUCAACGGCAUGCGAAUUUAGCCUGUAAGAACCUCCCCGAAGGCCUGUCUUCUGAGAAGUUCAAGAAAGUUGUCUACAAAUCAAAGCAGAUUGCAGAGAAAGUGAAUAAACUACUAAAUGAGCAGCCUGCCCACCUCCCGGCCAGCAGCCGGCUUAUGACCCGAGCCCUGAAGGCACUGCAGGAGGCGGACCAGAGGAAGCGUGAAAGAGCCCGAAAGGAGGUUGUGCAGAAAGAACUCUUAAAUCCACAAAGUAAAGAUGAGUCCACUUGGAAUCCUGAGGCCAAACGGAACUUUUGCACUAAAGUAAAAUCUCAUUGUAAUGACAAUGGCGAGUAUGAUCAGGACACCUUUUCUAGCUGUAGCACCUCACCUUUGAUUUUCUCGGAUUCAACUGACUUUGAAGUCAAGAGCGAAGAUGAAAACCUCUCAAUAUCCUCAACUCCACCAAUGGACUUCAUACCUCUUACUUCCAAGGUAAAGGCAGAGAAGGAAGAUCAUUCCUCUGACAUAUGCACCUCGUCCUCGCCUUCCUCACCAUUUUCUUUUAUGAAUGCCUUUAAAAACGUGGAGGAGGUCUCCUUCCAGUCACUGACGAAUGAGGGUGAUGGUAAACCCGUCUCUUUCAAAGCAGACACAAACUACAAGUUCAGCACUUUCCUUAUGAUGCUAAAAGACUUGCAUGACACUAGAGAGCGGGAAGGGACCCCCUUAGAACUGGAAAUUGGGCCUCCGAGUGCACAUGUUAAGCAGGAACCCCUAGUGAUGCCUGGGGAGGCUACGCCUGCAGGCAAAGAUCAACUCAAUGAACAUGUUAACAGUUCAGGUUCAGACAAAUUCAAAAUCACACAGAAUGAAGGCAGCACAAGUCAGACAUCCAAGAGGCCCUACAACAGAAGGGGCGGCUCCACUGGGGUGAAAAAGAAAGCCAACCGCAAAGUGCCUUGUCGUCCUGCCAGGUCUGGACCGGGUUUCCCAGGACUGGAGUCUUUGCCAUCAUCAGGAGUGGAUUGCCAAUCAAGGGUCCAGUCCCUGUUGGGCAUACAGACCUGCAGCUGGGAGAGGCAGGCAGGAGGAGGCGAAGGAGUGGUUGGAGAGGAGGAGGAGGAUGAGAGGUGGAGCAGGGUUAAUGAGAAUCUACAGAACAUGGUGCCUUUGGAGCAGAGGGGGUGCAACACUACUCUAUGUCUGGAGCAGCCGAAUGGCCUUGUUGCAGACUGCACUGAGUCCAACACAAGCUUGAUGCGAAAUGUUGGAGAAGGCGACAAGGCACCAACAGCACACAAACGAAUACGAAAACCGAGCAAGAGACUGAUCGAAUGGACCGAAGAAUACGACCAGAUUUUCUCCACGAGGAAGAAAAAACAAAAAGCCUCUCCAGUUGAUUGGAAAGGUAAAACUCAUACAAAGUCCCUCAGCCCAUCACCGCCGCCGCCACCACCACCACCACCACCGCCGCCGCCACCACCACCACUGCCGCUGCCGCCGCUGACCACCCCAUCUGAACCCUCGGGAUUGGACAAGGAUGCACACGACCACCCAUCCUUGAGCUUACUUCCUGAAAUACAGACGCCGCCUCCUGAGGAAGUCGCUGCAACAACACCCUAUGAACUACAAAUUCCCAGCACUGAAAACACGUCUUCCCAGGAUGCACCGGUGCUCUCCAUUGACACACUAACUCCUCCCCCCGAGGCUGAUCCCUUGCUGUCCGAAGGCCCCGUCAAAGACACCGGAAACGCUCCAGUGCUGGGGAGGAAGCGGAAGAGGAAACCCACCCAGAAGAUCCUGGAGUACUGUCUGGAGGCGGAGGCGUCAACGGGGCCCAAGAAGAAGGUCAAAACACUGAAGAACUGUUCGAAUCCUGCUCCUCAAUCAGAUCCGGCGCCGCCAUCUUUAAAAUCAAAGAGUAAGCAGCUGACGGCGUCCGGCUCCACACCGCCCGCUACAGAGAUCCCCAUCUGUCCUCCCACCACGCCCCCCGUUCAGACAGACCCCCCUCCCAGCACCCCGGCUCCCUCCACGCCGGCGGCCGACCCACCAGAACCCGCCCAGGCGGAGACGGAGACGGAGACGCCGGACGUCGAUGCUCCUCAAGCGGAGGACGGGAAAGUUCAAGAAGUCAAAAAGGACACAGCGGAGUCAGAGGGCGAUCCGUCCAGUUUGGAUCACAGUUUCUCUUCCGGAAAGGACGACCUGUCGCUGUGUGACGACCCGCUUUUACCCUCCAGGAAGAUCAUAGGUGAUCGAGGAGGCCCCGCCUCCAUGAAGGAGAACAUCUGUCAGGUGUGUGAGAAGACAGGUGAGCUGCUGCUCUGUGAGGGUCAGUGCUGUGGAGCUUUCCACCUGCCCUGCAUCUCCCUGGCCGAGGCCCCGAAAGGGAAGUUUGUCUGUCCGGAGUGCAAAUCGGGCGUCCACACGUGCUUCGUCUGUAAGAAGCGCAGCGAGGACGUGCGGCGCUGUAUGAUUCCCGUCUGUGGGAAGUUCUACCACGGCGAGUGCAUCGCCAACUUCGCCCCGACCGCGCCGGUGAACCGAGGCUUCCGCUGCUCGAUCCACGUCUGUCUCACCUGCUUCAUCACCAACCCGAGCAGCCCGUCCGUCUCUAAAGGUCGUCUGGUUCGGUGCGUUCGCUGCCCCGUAGCCUAUCACGCCACUGACCUCUGCAUGGCAGCGGGCUGCGUCGUCCUCUCCAACAACAGCAUCGUGUGUCCGAACCACUUCACCCCCCGCCGCGGCGUCAAGAACCACGAACACGUCAACGUCAGCUGGUGCUUCGUCUGCACCGAAGGGGGCAGUCUGCUGUGCUGUGAGUCCUGUCCUGCUGCCUUCCACCGGGAGUGUCUGAACAUGGAAAUGCCAAAAGGCAGCUGGUACUGCAACGACUGCAAGGCCGGGAAGAAACCUCGCUACAAGGACAUCCUGUGGGUGAAGGUUGGCCGGUACAGAUGGUGGCCAGCGGAGGUCAGCCAUCCCAAAACCAUCCCGGAGAACAUCCAGCGGAUGAGGCACGAUGUCGGGGAGUUUCCCGUUCACUUCUUUGGCUCCAACGACUACCUGUGGACCUACCAGGCCCGGGUCUUCCCUUAUAUGGACGUGGACGCCAACAGCAAAGAGAAGAUGGGGAAAGGUGUCGAUGCCACCUACAAGAAAGCUUUGGAGGAGGCGGCUGUUCGGUUUCGUGAGCUUCAGGCGGAAAAAGAGCUUCGACAGCUUCAAGAGGACAGAAAGAACGACAGGAAACCUCCUCCGUACAAACACAUAAAGGUGAAUCGACCAAUAGGAAAGGUUCAGAUCUUCACGGCCGACCUGUCGGAGAUCCCGCGCUGCAACUGUAAGGCGACAGACGAGAGUCCGUGUGGGAUGGACUCCGAGUGCAUCAACCGGAUGCUGCUGUACGAAUGUCACCCACAGGUUUGCCCGGCAGGCGAUCGCUGCCUCAACCAGGCGUUCAGUAAGCGUCAGUACAGUCAGGUGGAAAUCUUCAGGACGCUGUCUCGAGGCUGGGGACUCCGCUGUGUCCACGACAUCAAGAAGGGUCAGUUUGUGAGCGAGUACGUCGGGGAGGUGAUCGACGAGGAGGAGUGCAGGUCGAGGAUCCGACACGCUCAGGAGAACGACAUCUGUAACUUCUACAUGUUGACUCUGGACAAGGAUCGGAUCAUCGACGCCGGGCCGAAGGGGAACGAGGCUCGCUUCAUGAACCACUGCUGUCAGCCCAACUGUGAGACGCAGAAGUGGACGGUGAGCGGCGACACUCGGGUCGGGCUGUUCGCUCUGGUGGACGUCGCUGCAGGCACUGAGCUCACCUUCAACUACAACCUGGAGUGUUUGGGCAACGGGAAGACGGUUUGUAAAUGCGGAGCGCCGAACUGCAGCGGCUUCCUGGGCGUCAGGCCGAAGAACAAUCCUCCGUCUGAUGACAAAGGUCGCAAGCUGAAGAGGAGGGGCCACGGCAAGAGGAAGAACAAGGUUGUGGUGACCAAAGAGCGAGAGGACGAGUGCUUCAGCUGCGGAGACGGUGGACAGAUGGUUUCCUGUAAGAAACCCGGCUGCCCCAAAGUUUACCACGCCGACUGCCUCAACCUCACCAAGAGGCCCGCAGGUCGUUGGGAAUGUCCGUGGCACCAGUGCGAUAUUUGCGGUAAAGACGCGGCGUCCUUCUGCGAGAUGUGUCCCAGUUCCUACUGCAACCAGCACCGCGACGGCCUGCUCUUCAUCUCCAAGCGGGACGGAAAGCUGUUGUGCAGCGAGCACGACCCCUGUGGUCCCGAACCGCUGGAGCCGGGGGAGAUCCGGGAGUACCCGUCUGAACCCAGGUCCCUCCCCUCGGGUCUGGGCAUGGCCGUCAUCCCGUCCGCCGCCUCUAACGCCGCCGCCGCCGGCGUGACCCCGAGCACCAGGAGGGUCCAGGAGAUCAGCGCCGGCGCCGAGUCACUUCCUGCUUUUUCCAUCCCGGUGCCCAUCACUAUUCCCGUCGCCGCGCCCGCCGCCUCGCCUCCACCGAACAGCAGCUCGGACGCUCCCAGCAGCCCGCACGUGUUUGACCUCCCGCACUACUCGCCCAUCUCGUCGUACGAGGAGGAGAGGGAUGAAGAGGAGGAGGAGGAGGAGGAGGAGGAGGAGGAGGAAGAGGAGGAGGAUGAGGAGCUGGCGGAAGUGGAGGAGGAGGAGUCAGCGGAGGAGGGCGAGGUCGGGAGGCAGAAAUCAGACCCUCAGGAAGAGGAUGGGGAGGUGAUGGAGGAGGUGGAGGAGGAUUAUUUAGAGGAGGACGAGGACGACGAUGAUGAAGAGGAGGAGGAGGAGGAAGAGGAAGAGGAGGAGGAGUGACGCACAGUGACCUGGAGGAGUCACUACGGAGAGGAGGCAUCACACAAGCAGCCCAGUCUGUCACUGUUUGUAUCCAACGAGCAGCUGGAUGUACGGAGGAACUUUCAGGACAAAACUAAAUCAACACGUAAAUAAAUUCUCCGUAAAAGAAUAAAAACAAACUGUAGAAUCUCAUAAAUACUUUUAUUUAGUAUUCAUUUAGUUUUGUCCUCAUAAUCGCUAUUAAAAAAAAAACUAAACCUUUUCCUGGAUUUCCUCGGUCCACGCUGUCGGACACGGUUCAGUGACUUUGCACACACUGGCGCUGACUGCACCUUCACCUGAGAGGAAACAAAGACGCAUAUUUCACUCCGACUUUCACUUGUUUUCUCCAGAUUUUGACUGAUUUCACCUGCUGGUUUCCGUUGGUUUUUAUUUUCUUUCUGUAGUAUUUAAGGUGUCGUGUGUGUCAGUAGUUGGAGGCGGUCGUUGUGUCGGCAGCAUCGCGGAGCCGGUGUGUUUCACGCUGGAGAGAGGACGGCGCUGUAGCUUCCUGCCGAGGUACGGCGAACUCUUCGGCAGUCACACAAAGUUUAUCUGUGAAUGAACCAACCAGCCUCAACUGGAGCCUCCCUAAGCCCCGCCCCCUCUCUGCUCUUUCCUAUCUUUGGAUAUGCUAUAUGCUAAGCUAAUCUACGUUGAAAAGACAACCACAUUUUGAAGAUGGUAUUUAUGAUAUAAAGUCACAUCUUAAGAUUAUCUACAUUCCUUGUUAGCUAGCGAGUUACAUAUUAUAGCAAAUGUUAUCGAAACGUGAACUAGUAUGAAUCAGUUGUUAGUCAGUUAACAUUUUCUAACAUUAGCUAACUUCAGAUGUGACUAUAUAAAUGUCUUUUAUCUUUUAACCAUCUUCAAAAUGUUGUCGUCUUUCCAACACAGCUUAGCUUAGCACGUAGCAUCUCUUAUCUUCCGGAAGGGGCGGGACUAACAGGAAGCGUCUUAUUUCUGCUUUUUGGGUCGGUGGACUUUGUUUACGUCUUUCAGGAGUUCAGUAGGAUGAAUUCGGUUUGUUGUGGACGCCGUUGCUUCCGUUGACGCUCCGGAUCUUCUCCACUUCCUCCGAUCGAUAGAUGCUGUUUGAUCAUGUGAUCGGCCGCCUGGCGUGGCCCCGUAGUUCUGGACUGAAGCUGCCAGCAGCCAGUAUUCGAAAAGACACUUUAUCUAAAUUUAAUGCCAAAAAAAAAAAAGGAUUAGAAAUGGACAUUCAGCGUUGGACUGUUCCUCCACGGCAUCGAACGCUGGGAACGCCUCGCCCUGAUGAUUGCUGGCGGUCUGUAGGUUUGCUCCAGUGUGUACGCUGUGCUCUGUAGUCAUUAUUUAUAAACCGUUCUGUGACGCACAAACGAUGGCGAGGGGAGCUCCUCGUUCCCUCCUCGUCUCUCGCUGUCCGCCGGAGGAGGAAACUAAAGUCUUCAGAUUGGACGCGAGACGCUUGAAACGACGGCCAUGAUGCUUUGCACUCGCAGUUAUGUGUUCUUGCCACACGUGUUUCGCUCUGUCUUCAAGCUUAAUAUUGUCUGUGUGUGAUCUGCCAAUGCCUUAGAGUGUAUUUCUUUGGAGAUAUUUUUAAGGAAUGGUUGGAGAAGUGUCCCUACUAAUGCCUUUUUACAGUUGCCCAACAAGCAAUGUCUCAUUCCAGUGUAAUUAUGACCUGUUAGAUCUCAACCGUUCACCUGUUAAAACAACUGCUAUAUAAAUAUAUAAGAAAAAGAAGUUAUGAAAUAA